AUGCCUGCGGUCCAGCGCAACGGGCGCGCAGUCCCUUCAGAAAAACAAGACGAACCUGCUGAAGAACGACUACCCUCGGCAAUGACCGUCUCACAAGAAGAGCAAGAAAGGCCAUCCCCUUACCUCCUCAUCGUCUACCCGAUCAUCCUCUCACUCGGCUCGCUAUGGUCGGUCAUCUCUCCCGCGGCAUCACCUCCUCCCACGGCACCUCUCGCCGCAGGUGUCACUUCGGACCUCAAUCCUCCUCACUUCCACCAGACCAACUACUUUGCGGGGAAGCGCAACCUGAUCAACAUUUACUUUGUCAAGAUGGGCUGGUUCUGGAGCACCCUGGCAUUCGUGCUACUUCAGGCCACGACGCGACCGCGCAGUUCGAUCGCCCAGAAACAUUACAUCCAAGCAGGCCUGCGGUAUGCGCUGGUCACUCUAUCAUGGUUCUUGACGACUCAGUGGUGUUUUGGCCCGGCCCUGAUCGACCGCAGCUUUACUAUCACUGGCGGCCACUGCGAACCGCAUCCGUUCAACGAAGCCAGUUUGAAAGACGCGGUCAAGCUGUCACAAAUCAAUUCCGGCGUGUUGUGUAAGGCGUACGGGGGAAACUGGCAUGGCGGCCACGACAUUUCAGGACACGUCUUUAUGUUGGUUUUGUCUUCGGCCUUCCUGUUGUACGAGUUGUACAUUGCCGACCGACAUUCCGCUCAUCCGCAUGUUUCUCCCCAGGCUGCGGCGGCGGUGGCGCACAAUAUGACCGAGGAGGAACGCAAAGCCGUGGGAGGAUGGGAGUCCGAGACGGCUGCCAAGAUUCGAAUUUGGUCGCGAUAUUUCGUCUAUGCCGUCGUCGCGUUGGAUCUGUGGAUGCUGAUGAUGACCGCCAUUUGGUUCCACACCUGGCUGGAGAAGCUGAGUGGCCUGUUGAUUGCCGGUUCGACCAUUUGGGCUGUCUUCUUUCUGGGCGAUUUUGUUCCCCAAUGGAGACAAAUUGUGGGAGGAGUAUGA